UCUGGCCACAGAUAGGUGGGGCUGUGUGAGGCAGGAGCGAGCUCCGGCCCCUGGGGCUGCGCACGGAGGGCACACGGCAUGGGCCCGGCGGACCUGGGGUGCCCGGGCCUCUCACCUGUGAGAGCUGAGGGCGGGGGUCGCAUUCCGAGGCCGCCCCCCGCCCAGCCUCAGCGUCCAGUCGGCCACAGACGGGCGGCUGCCGUGGCCCCACUGCGCGGGCGGGCAGACCGAGGCCCGGCCCGGCCCCGCCGCCUUCCCCGCCCCCGGCGCGCCCCUCCCCGGCCGCCGCGUCUGCGGUUGGGCCGCACAGCGCCCGCCUUGGGGUUCCGGCGGCAGCACCUGGGCCGCGGCUGGCGUCCGGCGGGGGCGCGCUGCCUGCCCCCUUCCGCCAUGAGCUCGGCCGGCGCAGCGGACGCCCUGCCGGCGGGCAGGACUCCUGUGAGCAGCCUCCAUGAGGCCCUGGACCAGUGUAUGACUGCCCUGGACCUCUUCCUCACCAACCAGUUCUCAGAAGCACUCAGCUACCUCAAGCCCAGAACCAAGGAGAGCAUGUACCACUCGCUGACAUAUGCCACCAUCCUGGAGAUGCAGGCCAUGAUGACUUUUGACCCUCAGGACAUCCUGCUUGCUGGCAACAUGAUGAAGGAGGCGCAGACGCUGUGUCAGAGGCACCGGAAGAAGUCCUCUGUAACAGAUUCCUUUAGCAACCUGGUGCAUCGCCCCACUAUGGACCAAUUCACGGAAGAGGAAAUCCAUGCUGAAGUCUGCUAUGCAGAGUGCCUGCUGCAGAGAGCAGCUCUGACCUUUCUACAGGAUGAGAACAUGGUGAGCUUCAUCAAGGGCGGCAUCAAAGUUCGAAACAGCUACCAGACCUACAAGGAGCUGGACAGCCUCGUGCAGUCCUCACAAUACUGUAAGGGAGAGAACCACAGGCAUUUUGAAGGAGGGGUGAAGCUCGGCGUGGGAGCCUUCAACCUGACGCUGUCCAUGCUUCCUACCAGGAUCCUGCGCCUGCUGGAGUUUGUGGGGUUUUCAGGAAACAAGGACUACGGGCUGCUGCAGCUGGAGGAGGGCGCAUCCGGGCACAGCUUCCGUGCUGUGCUCUGUGUCAUGCUGCUGCUCUGCUACCACACCUUCCUCACCUUUGUGCUCGGUACUGGGAAUGUGAACAUUGAGGAGGCAGAGAAGCUCCUGAACCCCUACCUGAAGCGAUAUCCUAAGGGCGCCAUCUUCCUGUUCUUUGCGGGGCGGAUUGAAGCCAUUAAAGGCAAUGUUGACACAGCCAUCCAGCGGUUCGAGGAGUGCUGUGAGGCCCAGCAGCACUGGAAGCAGUUCCACCACAUGUGCUACUGGGAGCUGAUGUGGUGCUUCACCUACAAGGGCCAGUGGAAGAUGGCCUACUUCUAUGCCGACCUGCUCAGCAAGGAGAACUCCUGGUCUAAGGCCACCUACAUCUACAUGAAGGCCGCCUACCUCAGCAUGUUUGGGAAAGAGGAUUACAAGCCGUUCGGGGAUGAUGAAGUGGAAUUGUUUAGAGCAGUGCCAGGCUUGAAGCUCAAGAUUGCUGGGAAAUCUCUACCUACAGAGAAGUUUGCCAUCCGGAAGUCCAGACGCUACCUCUCUCCCAAACCAAUCUCGUUGCCAAUCCCUGCUCUGCUGGGGAAACCAAGGCUCCACUGGGGAGGAAACCUGACUGACUUGCUCCCCUACCCUCAGGAAAUGAUGUACAUUUGGAAUGGCUACGCUGUGAUUGGGAAGCAGCCUGAACUCACAGAUGGGAUACUUGAGAUUAUCACCAAAGCUGAAGAGACGCUGGAAAAGGGCCCAGAGAAUGAGUACUCAGUGGAUGAUGAAUGCUUGGUGAAGUUGCUGAAAGGCCUCUGUCUGAAAUACCUAGGCCGUGUUCAGGAGGCUGAGGAGAACUUCAGGAGCAUUUCUUCCAAUGAAAAGAAGAUUAAGUAUGACCACUACUUGAUCCCAAAUGCCCUGCUGGAGCUGGCCCUGCUAUUCAUGGAGCAAGGCAGAAACGAAGAGGCUGUCAAACUCUUGGAAACUGCCAAGCAAAACUACAAGAAUUACUCCAUGGAGUCAAGGACACAUUUUAGAAUCCAGGCAGCCAUACUCCAAGCCAAGUCUUCCCUAGAGAAUGGCAACAGAUCCAUGGUCUCAUCAGUGUCCUUAUAGUUUUAUGCAGCACUCCCAGGCUGGAAGACAGCUGGACAGAGCUGGAAACAUUUCAAAAAGAUCCCCUCCCCCUGCCCUGCCUUCAGGGUCCACCGGUGCUCCAGUGGGAUGGCACAACAUUUGUAUUCAUGCAGAAGAGAAGUCGGCAUUUUCACCAGUGUGGCCAAGGGCCUUUACCAAGGACAGAGCAGGUGGAGCCCUCUGCCUGCCCUAUCACACAUACGGGUACUUGUUUUUCACUGUGAUGUUUAAGAGAAUGUAUGAAGAGUUUACAUGUUAGAAAUACAUUAAUGGUAUCACAGUUGGCUUAAAAAAAAGUAACCAACCACCUGUAAAUCUGUUUUAACCCAUUCUAAUCUGGAGGUAAAUCUAUGAUGUCCAAGACCAAAUUGCUUUUCAAAAUUCAGCAAGGUCUCAGCUUCCAGGGCUGAAAGGACCCUUUGGAGGGUCUGUACCUCAAAAGCUUCAAGACUUCUGAGGGGUGGGCAUAGAGGUUGCAUACAGACACCCUCUACCUUACGUCUUACACUUACUUCAUUUUCAUUCCCUUAGUAACUCUCCAAUUAAAAAAAAUGAAAGUUGUCUCACUAAAAAGACAUGUGAGUCCAUCUGUAGGAAAAAAAUAUAUUAAUAUUCACCAGUAAGAAAUAGGGGUUGCCCGGGGGGGUGGAAGGGGAGCUGUGUGGCCCUUCUGUCGGGGGGAGGUUCUCAGACACAAGUCUGCAUCCUCACUGUAUGCCAAACUGAAACAACUGGGAAUAAUUUACGAAACAAAAAUCUUCUGUAUUUCACUCCAAGGUACAUUUAUUUACUGACAGCAUUUUUCUUAGAAUGGUUAUUCUUGGCCUGUUGUAUAUGUUUUAGAUUUUUUUAGUAAGAGAAAAAAGAUAUUUAAUAAAACUUACACAACUUAAGAGAUCAUGCAACAUCUAUUUCAGUAAAAUAUGUUGCUUGAAUUCUUGGGCAAGGCAGAAAGUCUCGAUCAGAAGCCAUGUGGCCCAGGUCUGUUUUAUUUAGACAACAUGUCUAAAAUGUUUUAGAGUAAGUUAUUAACAUUUAAGAAUGGGGAGAUUUCACUAAAAAUCUGGUUUCUGGCCUCUUAUUUAAAAAGAAAAUCCAAUCUAGCAAUACUGGGCUCAUCCCUAUAAGAAAAUAAGGCAACAAUCAGUUGGAACUGAGUAGGGACUGCUUUAAACACUUAUAUUACCCUUCUGGCCCCUAAAAGCAUCUGAAUUUUCAAACUCUGGGACUGUUACAGGGAGAAUUCAAGUUUAGUGACCAACACCAAGUUUUACUAUUCACAAGCUAAUGACAGCAUACUUCAACUUAACCAUUUCCCUGGAGGGAAAAAUCAUGUACACAGUAAAAAUAUUCAUCUGUGAAACGUGACUCCUCAAAUACAUGAUGAAUGCAAUUUCUGUAAGGGAGAAACCACAGAGCUUUUCCAAUCUUCCAGCAUUGCUGGAUUUUUAGUAAACACUUAACACUUGCCAGGGGCAGGUUAACAUACAGCCAACCAGUCUUCUGUGACUAAUACGAAUGAAGUCCUAGGUUUUAAGCAAAGCAGAUUCUCAUUAGGAAAACAAAGCAGAAAAACCCUCAUUCAAGAUCAUCUUGCAGCACUUAGUACUGUCAAAGCAGAAAUGUCAUGAAAGAAAACUCUCAUUUUGUUAGAACUAGACACAAGAAUGCUCUACACCAAGAGCAAGUCCUUUGUAGGUUCUCUCUCCUCCACAGCCUGGAUUCUGGGAGACCAGCCUAUUUCUAGGUUGUUAGGGCAGGGUGAGAGGGGUGGCUACAACCAGGCUGCUGAAUGAGGGUGGCCUUUUGUGGUUCCCUCACAUAUUAGAACACUAAUACUACUGUAUA